AACACGUUUGUUUAACUGAUUUCUACAAACUUAUACGACGAAAACAAUUUCUAUUAGAAAUGGAAGAAGGGGAAUCCGAGCCAGUGCUUUCCAGAAAAGAGAUCCGUAAGCAGAAGCUAAUGGAAUAUCUGGCAGCAAAAGGAAAGCUGAAGCUACCUGAUGCAAGGUCAAACCUAAGUGGGAACUCUGUGAGUAAGAAGCCUGUGACAUCUACACAAAAGGUUGUUGCAGGAAAAGAAAACAAAGCUCCAGUUGACGGAUUCAAGCGUAAUAUCUCAAGAGAUCAAAGCGUGACAGCUCAGGCCAGUCGAGGCCCUGAAAAGAAAGCAUUUGGUGUCAGUGACAAAGGAAAUGUAAACGGCAAUAUACUGACGGCACAGCAGAACAACAGUCGUCCAGCACAGCCAAAACCUAAUCGAAACCCUUCGCUCACCAGAACAUACAAUGUUGUGUCCUUCAAACCUCACCUGAAUGGAGCCGGCCAUGUCAACAAGCAGGCAAAUGCAGGAAUUCAAACUUCAGGCAAAGCCCCUUUAAACACAGCCCAUACAGUCAGAGUCAAAUCAAAAAGCAAAUUCAGCUUUGGCCCAAGUUCUGCCGUAUCAGGUCCAACGAUGACGGUCAGUACCAGGAUUAGUCUUGGCCCCCUUGUCAAAACAAAAACAGGACUUACUCCUGCAGUGAUCCAGUCAAGAGCCACAAAGCCAAACCUAACACAUACCUCUGUCACUGCAGCUAGUACAACUACCACAAAUCAAAUUGCUAAGAAGGUGCAAUCCAGCAGCAAGUCAACAACGUCUGUUUCGCAGAGGUUUGCUGCAAAUAUUUCUUCAACUAUGGGAGCUAAGAAUAAAGUUCAGGGUCAAAACAAACUUAACUCUAAACCUGUUCUGGGCAGUCAUUCUCAGCCAUCUAAAAGUCAGUUAUCAAGUGGACUGAAAUCAACAUACACAUCUCUCAAGUGCACGGUUGCGUCUUUUAAGCCAGAGGGAAGAGUAGCAGCAAAAAAAUCAACUGGUCAGCCUGCAAACAAGUCCACAAAGCCAAGAACUGAACCUAAAGGGGAGAAGAGCCAGCCAUGCAAAGCUGCCUUCCAAACAUUCUCAAGGCCGGCUAACAGAUGCAACUCUCGACCUGUCGGUGAGACUGCUGUGACUGAUACGGGAAGGAAAACCAAGAUAACUAAAGAGACAGCUGGCAAGACAGAAAAUCGUGCUUCAAAUGCUCCUCCGCUCAAAUCUGGUGUAAAAAGUAGAGUCGCUCCACUGAUUUCACAGACAGUCCCGCCACCUUCCAGGACCGUCCGUCUCACAGGCCAAGCCACAAACACGAAGACCCCAAAAGUCCAGAGUAAGGUCAUUCCUCAGACUGAGGGAAAGAAACUGACUGCUGCCCAGGUGGAAAGAAUGAAAAGACUGCAGGAAUGGCGGGAGUCCAAAGGCAUUACCUACAAACGUCCUCCAAUGCAAGUCAAACCUCAGGUCAGGCGCACGGUCUCAGUGCCUCAGCCUUUCUGGGCCUCCAUGACGGAAGAAGAUGAGGCCUACUCCCUCAUCUGUGCUGUAGAUAGAUCCCUGGCUGACUGCCUCAAGUUACUCAGAGAGGGUUGCCGAGACCAGGUGAAGGAGGUUCUCUCCCGCCUGCCUGCCGUUUCCCAGAAAUUUGCGAAAUACUGGAUCUGUCAAGUCCGCCUCAUGGAGCAAGAAGGAAACUUCGAUGUCCUACCCAUGUUCGAAGAGGCUGUUCGUAUUGUGUUGGAGCCAGUGGAUGAGCUGCGGAUCGUGGUAUUUGACAUUCUGAAGAAAAAGGACGAGAUCCAAGCUAAAGAACAGGACAAAAAGGUCGAACAUAUUCCAACACCUGAAAACACUCCAGACUGUGGCAGCAAUCCAUUGAUGACCCCCAAACCUGUCAGAGCGCUCAUUUAUGGGGAGAGAGGAGACUCGUCUGUGGUCAAGUACAAGAUCACAGCAACCCCUGGUGGCCCUCCAAGUCAACGGAGAGAGUCAGUAAAGGUCAACGGCCAGGAGGUUCGCUUCUUCACCCCGGUUAGGCGGUCAGUGCGAAUCGAGAGAGCCUCGCUCCGAUACCCCUCUCCCCUUCAGGACCACGACCUGUGCGUGAACUCGUACAAUGACGUGCUCUGUGAGGAUGAGAAAGAAAGAAGCGAAGAGCAAACGGAUUGGGAACCCAGCCCGUCUGAAAGUAGUGCACCAGUGUAUGUUUACAGAGAAAACGAGGCGCUCAAAGACAAAGUGGUUGUCCAGCUAGUCUGUGACGACGAUGAUUAGCUUCACUGGUUUAUCAAUAUUACACCAUUUGUUACUUUUAACGUGGAAGGGAGGGUGAAAAAACCAUUAGUCUGCAUGCUUCGAUGCUUUCACCCUUCUGUGAUUUGAGAAUAUGAGUUUCCUUGUAAAUAUAUUGGCUGAUAUUUUGGGGAGAUUGUUGUUUUUUUCAUAAUUUGGUGUUUGACACUUCUUUAUGGAAAACCUGUUGUGUUUAUUUGGCUGCUCUGCACACUGUUUAUUCACAUACACGCCCUCCUGUUCAUAUACGCAACACACUUCUCACUACCUAAGUACACAUUCUCUUGAUGCCGUUUCUUUUCAGUUAUGACCUCCUGUUGUCGCUCGUUCCUUUUAGUUACGCCUGUGACUCAAUGACAUGACACAUUUGAGCUUUUCUAAACAGUCUGUUUUCCUUUUUUUCCUUUUUGGAUAUUUUUAAUAUUUCAAGUAUUUGAUAUACUCCC